AUGGAAGAGUGGCAAUUUGCCUUGGAGAAAGAAGUGGCCUACAAAGAUGUGAAGAACCACCAUGCUGUGGCUUUUGAAGCCUCUCAGAAGAUGGAAGCCCUGGAGUGGAUGAAAGCUAGGCAGCAUGGCUCCAUGAAUACUGGAGAUGGGUGCCAAGGUGAAGAUGCUUUGUCUGAUGUGCUGCCUGACAAAGCCAAAACCAAAAAGAGGGAACCACUGGCCCUGAUGGACAAAAUGGAUGAAGAAAGCGAGCAAGAGCCAGAGAAGACCCAUAGCCCCAGCAAAAAGGCAACUGCACUUCACAAGGCAGUGGAAGAUGCAGAGGUGCUGAGUGACCUUGGCAGAAGCAAGAGCAAGGACCAGGCAGCCAAGAGGGUUCAGAAAAUGAUCAAACUGAUCAAAGAUGUGAAGGGUAAGGCUGGCAAGACCAAAACCAAAGGCAAAAGCCAAGGCCGGCGACAAGCCCGGCCAUUCGUCAGGCGAAGUGCAGUAGAGGCUGGUGGUAUGAGCAGUCCUGGCGAAGUUGCAGAAGGUUCUUCAAUGCGGGUGCCUGGUGCAGCUGCGCCUGAGAUUGACGUGCCAGCCUUUGUGAAUUCGUGGCCUCGACUCCUGCUGAAGUGCAAUGGUCGGUUGGCGGUUUUUUUGCAUAGCAUCCUCAGUGCUACUUCACUCCUCUGUGAUGAGGGGACUCCUGACCAAGCUCUAUGGCCUCUUCCUCUUCCUUACCCUGAAGUUUUUCGUAGUGGUGUCAAUGUGCUUGAUGGUUGGAAGAAGAGGCGGCUAUGCCUGCAGCUGGUGGUGUUAGACUGGCUAUACCUUGGGCAGCCGGCUGCUGCUCCAAAGUCUUUGAAGCUAGGCCAGAGACUCACACCGGGGCAAUGGAGGAUAGUGCGCCUCCUUGAGAGCUUGGCGGAUGAUGCGAAUUCAAUUGUAAAGGUUGAUGCAGCUGGUAUGGGCCGAUGUGCCUCCAAAGCUGAGACUCAAGACGAGGAGUUGGGCGCUUUGCAUCGAGCCCUCCUUCAAGUACAGCAGUCCGCCCCUAAAUACGGUGGUGGGAGUUUCUCUUGCACUACGUUCACACCUGAGAGCGAGAAGAAGUAUGCCGGGUCUGUUGUUGGAAAAAUGACGGGCAAGCCUUUCGUCGCUGCAAAGGCGCUGCAAGCAGAACGGAUUCAGUUUGGUCCUCCUCCCUCUUUUGACCCUUUCCCCUACAUGGACCCCAAGACCGCCAGCAUGUACGAGCAGCCUGGCCUUUUCCAUAAAGAUGCACAUGACGCUCCUCCUCAUGUUUCAGUACGUGCAACUGCAGAGGAGAAGAUGUCCCUUUUUUUGAAAAUGGCGGCCUGUGGGCGUCUCAAGCUGCUCAAAGCUGAUGAGGUUGAAGAGGCCUUUGCUUCAGGUCUCUUUGCUGUCACCAAAGACCUUGCACGAGACAGGCUUAUCAUGGAUAGCCGACCAGCUAACUGCAGAGAGAUAGGGCUUAAUCACUGGUGUGGGGCUAUGGCAAAUGCUUCCAUGUUGGGACAGAUAGUUUUGGAGGACGGGGAAGAGCUUUUGAUGUCAGGGCAAGACGUGAAAGACUUUUUUUACCAGUUUGUUGUGGGAAGUGAACGAGCUGCUGAAAUUGCCUGGUUGGUCGCCUUGAUGCGUGGUGGCUUUGUUGGACUGAAUACCAUGGCCAUGGGCGACUUGUGUGCGGUUGAGUUUGCACAAAGCUCUCACCUCAGCGUCCUUUUGCACUGCCACUCCAUUUACCCUUGGGAGCUCUUGCGGCUUCGCAGUCCUAUGCCGCGUGGUCCUUUUAUGGCUGGAGUGGUGGUUGACGAUUUGGUGCUUUUGGAGCGAGUUGUUUCUGGCUUGAGAGAACAGUGUGUAGCUCUGCAGCGUAUGCCUCUGAUCAAGGCCAAGUAUGCGGAGGUUGGCUUGCCUACAAACGAUAAGAAGGAGUUCAUCAAUUCUACCUCAGCUCGUUUUUGGGGUGCUGAGGUUGAUGGCGAGCUGGGCAUUGUGCGACCUAACAGCUACCGAGUUUGGCCCUUGAUGCUGAUCACUAUGCGAGUGUGCUGCUUGGGAGUCUGCAGUGUCAGCCUGCUUGAAAGCCUUUGCGGAUCAUGGAUAUCAGUGCUGAUGUUCAGGCGUCGUUGCUUGUCUGUCAUGGCCGAAGUCUUUGAAGUCUUGCAUGCUGGCCUGGCGCAGAAUGACAUUGUACGUCUCAGUGAGGCGCUGAAGGAUGAGUUGCUUUCCUUGGUGGUUUUGGGGACCCUUUGUUACGUCAACCUGCGUGCAAAAGUGCUGCAGACUUUUCGCGCAACUGAUGCCUCCGACUGGGGUACUGCAGCUGUUGCGGCUGCCCUGCCUUACCAAGUGGCAAAGGAGGCUAUGCGCUUUAGCUUGAGCAGGAGCCUAUGGAGUCGUUUGCUGCCCCCGGGCAAAGCUUGGUUGAAACAAAAGGGUCUUCUUUCCUUCAGUGAAGAGCUGCCUGGUGAUGAGAAAUAUGACACUCAUCCUCUUUGGGAGUUACUUGCAAGGGCUUUAACUUUCAGCACUCAGUGGCGGCGGGCUCACACCCGGCCUGUACACAUCAAUGUGGCCGAGCUUGAAGGCCACUUGCGAGAAGAGAGGAAGCUGUGCAGGCAGCACCAGAGUUUUCGGUGCGUGUAUGGUCUUGACAGCCAGGUUGCUCUAGGUGCUCUGGUGAAGGGUUGUUCGGCUUCAAAAAGCCUAAAUCGGCUGCUCCAGCGAAGCUUGUUACCCAUGUUUGGAGCUGAUGCAUAUAGUGGCUGUGGUUUUCUUCCCUCGGCCAUAAACCGAGCUGAAGCACCAACACGUGACAGAGAGGUCGAGGGCCCAGACAUGGACCUUCCAGCUUGGUGGUCUUCACUGGUGGAGGGUGAUGUUGCAGGUUUUGACCUUUGGUUAGAAGAGCUUUGCGCCUCCAUGCCGGCGGCGCGUGACCCUUUUGACUUCACAGAGCUUGGCUACAAAGAAACGCUUGAGGUGAGGACGGGAAAGCAAGAGAGAAGCAGAUGCCAUUUUGGCAAGAGUGCACAGGAGCUUGUUCAGCUCGAACCUUUUUCGCCGGAGGAAUCCGGCGCUCUGCCCAGUUGUUGCGAAUUGUGCGAUGAGGCUGUUGGUCUCCUUCAGGAGCUUGAAGAACGGGGGCAAGUUUGGUGGCCCAGUGGGUCCAGCCGCCGCUUUCAGACUGCAGGAGCUCUAGACCUAUAUACUGGACGCGGUGGGGUUGCAAAGCAGCUGCUUAAGAAUGGGUGCCCUUUUGUGGUAACCUAUGAGUGGAACCGAGAUGCUGGAGAGAAUUUGCUGUGGGAGAAAAAUCAAUGGGUGGUUCUGCGCCUUCUUGAGCUUGAGGCAGUGAAGGUGGUUGGAUCAGCUUUGAUUUGCAGAAGUUUUACCAGAGCCAUCACCCCAGCUGUUCGCUCUCGCCGCUACCCUCGCGGCAUUCCUUGGAUGCGUUCCUCCAUGCGAGAGUCAGUUGCUGAAGGAAAUAAACACAGUGUUUUCAACCGCAAGGUGAUGAGAAAGGCUGAAGAGAAAGGGUUGAUUUACUGGGUUGAAAAUCCUGAUACCAGCUUUCUAUGGUUGCAGCGUGGCUAUGAACGUUUUUCUGCACCAGAUAGCAGCUGGAUUUUCAGAGCUGAUUUUUGUCGUUUUGGAACAGCAUGGAGAAAGCGGACUAGAGUUGCCACCAACAGUCCCUCUUUGCGUAGUGUGAGGAUGCUGUGCAAAUGUGGAACAAGAAGCCACAUUGUUUUGCGUGGCAUGCACCCUACCCUACGAAAACCUUGGACUGCAGUUGCUGAACCUUACCCGCGCGGUUUUUGCAGUGUUUUGGCUGGCAGUUUGAGCUCUGACGCAAAGUGGAGCAGAAAGCUCAACAUUGCCGGGUGCAGCCGCAGCCUCAGUCUAAGAGUUGGUGAAGCCAGCCACCCUGGCCCCCGUCAGUUCAGACGGCCUAGAGAAGUUUCUUUGGAGCUCAUGCCGCAACAACUGGCAGCUUCGGUAGCUUUGGGAGAUAGGUGUUGGGCAGCUUUUUACAGGUGGUCAUGCGCAAGUUUUGAGCGUGUUCAGCCCUUGCAGCUUUUUCUUGAAGUGCCACUCUUUUUAGCCCAUGCAAUUCGGCGGUACGGUGAUCUGCAGUUUGCAAGUGGAGGCUCUUUGCUUUACUAUAGGCAUUUGGUUUUGGCAGCUCAAAAGCGCGUGCCGAACUUGAGACAGUUUGUCUACCUAUGCUGGGAGCUUGCUAGCCGAUGGGAACUAGCUGAACCUGUGAAGCAUCGAGUUCCUAUCCCCUUGCCUGUGCUGCAGAGUCUGAUAUCACUGGCCAUGAUGAUGGGUUAG